AUGCAGGUGGCCAUAAGCGCAGGAGUGCUGAGUGCGUACACCUUGGCGGGUUUCGCCUGGGAGCAACAGGCGGCUGGUUGCGCGAUGGCCUCAAUGCCCAUGCUGGCGCUGCAGCGCUACGUGAUCGAGAAUCCGCGGUGGCUGAUGUCCAAGGGUCUCAUACUGAACGCCGACACAGCCGUGAUGCGUCUGUACGGCGUCGACCCUCCAGCCGACUUCCGUCAGCGCAAGGCAGAAGGCGUCCAGGAGCAGCAGAUGGGCCCCACUUCAUACCGCUUGUGGCCCACGCACGCGAGAAUGGUGUCCGCGUGCCUUCUGCUGCACCUCCUUCAGAACAUCUCAGGCGCCCAACUUUGCCUGCUGCGUGCUAUUCAGGUGAUGGGCAAUGCGGUGGCAGAAAUAUCGCCGCAGCUACUGGCCGCAAUGCUGGUUGCCGCGCACCUCGGCCACUGGUCGGUGCGUGAAGAGUCCAGCCCGACGAGCUGGGGUGCCGUGAUCUCGGUUGGACUGCUGGUGCUGGCGUACUCAGUAGGCCUGUGCCACCUCCCAGCGUUGCUGACCGGCGAGAUCAUGCCUUCGAGGAUACGUCUCCUGGGCUCCUCUGUCGUCUGGUCAUCGCGCUGGCUCGUGGCCUUUCUGCUAAUGCACUUCGACGUCGACGUGCUCGGCGCGUUCCAGCAAAGAGGACCACUGCUAGCGCUAAGCCUCACGAUGGUAGUCGUCGCCACAACCGCCACAUUGCUUAUCCCCGAAACCGAAGGCCGAACGCUGACACAGAUUAACACGGGCAGCUGA